UACGUCACGUCAUCGCCACCAUGUUGGAUCCGGAAGUAGGCUGAGUCUUUGCAGGAAUCCGGAGCGAAGCUCAGCGUUAACGGCGGUUUCCUCGCACUCGGCCUUUUCCCCGUUGCCACCAUUGACACUCGCGUUACAGUCUCUCCCUCUAAUCGAAGCAGGCGCUUGUCUCCGGAUUCCGUCGUCCCCCCCCCGCCCCAGCUAUGACUUCUCUCACGCAGAGAACCUCGGGCCUUGUCCAGCGGAAGACCGAGGCCAUUCGAAGCGCCGCCGCCGAGAAGGACUCCGGCAGCGAGGAAGACGAGGCGCGCCGCGGGGAAGAAGAGGACGACGAUGAGAAGGGGGACUCGAAGGAAACCAGGCUCACGCUCAUGGAAGAAGUGCUGCUUUUGGGCCUCAAGGAUCGAGAGGGCUACACGUCUUUCUGGAACGACUGUAUUUCUUCCGGUCUGCGCGGCUGUAUGCUGGUAGAGCUGGCCCUCAAAGGGAGGAUACUGCUGGAGGCCUGCGGUGUGAGGAGGAAAAGCCUGCUCGGAAGAAAGGUUAUCUGCAAGUCUGAUGCUCCAACGGGAGAUGUGCUGCUGGAUGAGGCCUUGAAGCAUAUUAAGGAAACCCAACCUCCAGAGACUGUCCAGAGCUGGAUAGAGCUGCUGAGUGGAGAGACUUGGAAUCCCUUAAAGCUGCACUACCAGCUGAGAAAUGUUAGGGAGCGUCUGGCAAAAAACCUGGUGGAGAAGGGGGUUCUUACCACAGAGAAGCAGAACUUCUUGCUUUUUGACAUGACUACACAUCCACUCACCAACAGUACAAUAAAGCAGCGUCUUGUCAAGAAGGUCCAGGAGUCCGUAUUGGAGAAGUGGGUCAACGAUCCCCAUCGCAUGGACAAGCGGGUCCUGGCCCUCAUUCUCCUGGCUCACUCGUCAGACGUUCUUGAGAACGCCUUCGCCCCGCUCCAGGAUGAACAGUACGACCUGGCCAUGAAGAGAGUCCACACUCUGCUUGAGCUGGAGCCCGAGAAGGAGAGCGCAAAGCCCAAUGCCAAUGAACUGAUGUGGGCUGUGGUGGCUGCAUUCACGAAAUGAAAAACACCUGAUUGCUUGGACUGAAAGAUCUGGCUAUGUUCUGUGUUAUUUAAUUGGUUGAAGGACUUAAUGAGACAGACUUCACUUUAAUGAGACAAUCUAUUUUGGUUGAGGAGCCUGUUUAUACAUCUAUUCUGGAUGAUGUUUUUGGUGGUAGUCCAUAUUAACCUGCAGUCUGAUUGGUGGUGGGCUUCACCAAUGAACCCUUUGUUGGAUGGGAUGGAAUGAAAGACGACAGACUGCGGUAACAUGAGGUAAGUUAGCUGCUACUGCAAGGUUUAAAAACAUCAACACUAUGAACAGAGGGGUUUCUAUCCGUGUGAGAUCGCAUUAAAUCUUGGAUAUGAUGGUGAUAGUGGUCAUGAUGAAUAUGAAAAUUUCUACUGGAGCCAAGUUUCACUUCUGAAAAAACUAUAACCUCUGUUUUGUUGCAAGAUCUGGCCACAGUCUAAAAUCUGUUUCCUUUUCUCUCACGUACUAAUUCAAGGAUAAAUGGUAAAUUCCAUGGCUAUCGAUGCUCUUUGCACUCAAAAGAUCUCCUGCCUCCACCAGCUCAUUCCCACUGUGUUGGGGAAUUUUGCUCAACGGUUACUGUUAAAACGGACUACCUGAAUGUUUAACCCAUUCUCUCUGUCUUCUCUCUGAAAUGGUCUUCCUCAUUGCAUUUUGGAGGAAGACGGAGAGAUUAACACCCGAGUUCAGUUCCUGUACCAGUAAAAGUGAGGUGGCCCUUGGAGACUUUGACACAAAUGAAUUACAUUUAGAGUAAAGAGAAUUAGUUUGCUGCUUUUGCCGAGGGCCUAUUCUGUGUUUGUACAACGUGGCUAUUCUUCCAUAUUUAUGUUGCUAGUUGAUGCUUUGGAGAAGCUUUCCAUUUACCACAUUCUGCCUGGUCAUUGCCCUUUUGGUUUCUGUAGCGUUUAUUGUUUAUUGGGCUGGGUAACUCGCUAAUGCUUGAAAAAUGGUGGAACCCAGGAGCUUCCCAACGACGACAAAUUUAACUUAUUUUUGUGAACACUUCAAAAUCAUUCCUUUGGGCAAAUUUAAGGCUUUUGCCUACGUUUCUAAAAUAAUUUGAAUGAAAUGACUUGGAUCGCUGAACAUCCAUUAGCCUCGGUUUUUAAACCAAAGCUGUGGGUGUUUUGACCCAAGGGCAGCAGGAGGAUUCUUUAAGGGUUACUUGCAUUAAUAGACUGGAAAUGUUUAACCAGAAAGGCUAGUUUCAGUUUAAAUGUUGUUCUUUAUUGUUUUUGUUUAAAGAGAUAAUUUCCUCACUACUAUUAGAAGGGUUUAGAAGUCUUUUGGAUUUUCUGGUUAAAGAUCAUCAGCUUUAGAAAAUCGGAGGCCUCCUUUUAUGCAUGAGUUUCCCACGUGACUCAUCAAAAACAAAACUUGACUGUACACUGUUUUCCAUUUACGAAGGAAAAUUGAUUUUCACAAACGACGUACCAAAGGGUAUGACGAGUUCAGCUCCGUUUACAGCUGAGAGACCAUGCAUGCUUUUUUUUGGUGGGGGGCCGGGUACUUUAACGGAUGUAGCGACAGAAAAGGCUUCUAUGUAACUAUUAGUCAUUUUACAUGUACGAUCUAAUGAAAUUCAAUGAAAGGGAUCUUCUCUCCUAUCCUCUAUAAUUCUGUAUGCUUCUUUUGUAUUACCACACAAAAUAAAGUAAGGAUCCUUUAAGUGCCUGAAUUUA